CUCAAAAAAUAAAACAAAUCGAUAUGUAUGAUUUAAAAUAGCUUCUAAAUUGUUUUUGAAGCAUUUCUUCAUUGAUAAAAAAAAAUCAAAACAACUACAACAACAAAAACAUCUAAAAACUUCGUUGCCAUGAGUUUAAUACAAGUUACAGUACUAAUAAUUUCUUUGUUUGUCUGGCUUUCACAAGAAAUAGAAGGUAGGCGAUCUAUUAAAAAUUUUUGUAGCAUUAUAAAGAUUGUAAAUUAAUUUAAUUGAUUUUUUUUUUUUAAAGGAAGAGUUUUUGUUUUUUUUGUUUUUUGGCAUACUUGCUAAAGAAUUAGAAAACGUAUAUAAACAAAAAAAAAAAAAAAAAAAAGGGGGGGGGGGGAUCACUUUAAUGUUGUGUUGUUUUUUUUUACAAUGGCUGAGCGACACAAUAUUUCGUGACAGAAAAGCCAUCUUAUCUAAUUUAGGAAUGACACGAUCGAGUGCUCUAUCCUUCAAUGGUUGUCAUUUUUUUGUAAAUCAGUGGUAUUUGCUCGAAUUGUCGCAUGGAGGGUAGUGCUUUUUUGCAUUAGACAAUAAAACUACAAAGAUAACGAUUCUUUCAAAGCAAACAUAAGAGACAGUCUUUUGAACUCACGCCCUUCGUUGAAAGCUUUCACUACACUUAAGUGGGAGUGGGGGGGGGGGUAAAUUGUGUUUGUCUUUAUUGAUUUGUCAUGGUUUGACUUCCUGCUAAUAAGAUGUGUUUAGUCUUGCAGACGGUGUCCGUAUUAUUCUUGACAAUAGUCCCUGGCCUUAAAAAGGGGGAUAAGAAGAUAAAUGUUUAUCGGCAGUUAGUUUUUUUAGGGUGCUGCCAGAAUUUUAUUUUUAAGUUGUAUUGUUCUCUUUUUAGUAGAGACCUCUACCUAUUACAGUAGAGAAAUAAAAGAUGUAACCAGCAACCAAACAUAAAUAAAGGAAAUCAGGCAUUUGACGGGGUCACCCAUUUCAAGGCUUUAUAAUAACCUUGUUUAUUUCUAUUUUUUAAGAGAAGUUUCCAUUUGUUAAAACUUUAAAAUAAUAAUAAUACAUAUUAAUAUGGAAUCAUUCUGUAUAAUUUGUGAUAUCGAUUAAUUGUACAUAAAAUGUAAUUUCGUUUCGCAAUGUUAAUUAACUAUGUUUUCAGUCGAGGUAAUUAAUUAAAUUUUGACAAUUACAAAAGACUAGAAAGCUUAAAUUAUGCUCAAUAGAUGGGCGCCCGCAGGGGGGGGGCAAGGGGGGCACUUGCCCCCCCCCCGGAUUGAUAAAAAAUGUAGACAAAAAUAGACAAAAAAUGUAUUAAAGUAAAGAGAAAAUAAAGAGAAAGUAACUAAGCUGAUGUCCCGUCCUUUCGUCCACCAUACAAAUACGCCACAAUGAAUUAAAAUUACAUUAAAACAUUGCUAACAAUUUUUUGCCCCCCCCCCCCCUGGAAAGUUAAUCGAUUUUUUUGCCCCCCCCCCCCCCUGCUAGAAAGUUUUCUGCGUUCGCCCAUGGCCACCUACAUGAUAGAUUUACAAACGAAAUAGAUUAUUAUUAUUCAGUUCAGGGUACUUCACCAGAGACUUAAAACUUAAAAUGAAUUUACCGCAAACAACACAAGUUUGAAAGUCACUGAUUGUUACCGUUCUUAAUUUAUUGUGGAGUGUCCCUUAUCACACUUCUUGAGAAGUUAAAUUCCACCUCACAGUUUCGAUUUUUAAUGCAGUUUCGGAUAUUAGGAAACUAAAUUAUAAAUAUUUAGUAGUUUUUUUUUUUUUGGUUAGCCCCGUAGUUCCCAAACAUUUUGACACAUGUCCCCUAAAAUCAACCAAGCAGAUUGAAUUCAAAAUUCCUUUAAAGUAGGUGAAGUUAUUUAGCAACUAAAUUUUACCAGUAACUAACACACAACAUAAUACAUAAGUUACCAUUUCAUAAAUACACGUUAGCUUUCCCUUGUAAACACUAAGAUAAGUAUUCAGGUUUGACCGCUCGAGAUGCCAGACUCGCUCAAUUUGAUUUGGGCUCAUUUUCAAAACUAUUCCUUUCAGUAUUACAGGAAAUCCCUAUCAAUACUGACGAUCCUGUGUUGCAUUUGAGAAUUGAUAGCUUUUAUAUUGAUAUAAUUUAGCAAUCUUACAGACGUAUUAAAAGUAGCAACUCAAAACUCAUUAAAAGCUGAAGAUUGUAUCCCAUUGGUCAGCUUGCGAACCAGGAUGGUUUGGAUCAAAAUGUCAGUACAUGUGUCACUGUGCCAAGGCAAGCUGCCUGGGGAAUGGAGCGUGUCUGGAUGGAGAUCACUGCAUGACGGGGUGGUUUGGUCCAAAAUGUCAAUACCGUAAGUUUUUCAUUUGUAUUGUUUAUAUAUAUGUAUAUAUAUACAUAUUUAUAUAUAUAUAUAUAUAUAUAUAUAUAUAUAUCUAUAUAUAUGUAUAUGCUUUCUCCCACUACUGGCUUAAGACUCAAGGAAUGGAAUUACAAUGUUGCUUAAAUGUACACCUAUCAUUUAAAGUGUUCACGGUGUCAAGUGUUAAUAAGAAUGUUUUUGUUCCUGUAAAACAAAAACAAAAACAUUUAAAGAAAGUCAACCAAAAUUAAGUAUCAUUAAGAAACACGCAAAAAAGAUCAGCUUUAUACAAGGUGUGAUGAUUUUGUACGAAAACACGAUGACAUUCAUAGUAUAUAUGUGAAUGUUUUGCUUAAAUGUCUAUGUAACAAAUAACGCAUUUAUUCGCGUCAAUUUCAAAUUAAAAAGUGCUUCCUUGGUGAUUCUAGAAAGCUGUAAUGUGUCAUUUUGUGUUAAGGGAUGGCUAUGUGCUUCCUGCAUCACCAAGCUGCACACGCCAUCAGUGUCCAGUGAAUGUUAACUGACCUAUACAGUUAACAUGUUGGUUUGACUGGAAUCUAAACACCCAAAAUCAGCAUAUUUCAUGUAUUGGGACAGUAAAUGGUCAGCACUUGUGACUUGCUUCACCGAGUAGUCUAAGCCGAUAGUUCUAAACUGUGUUUACUCCAAGCUUUUGUGCUGGAGUUUAAUCCCCAGCCAAAGCCUAAACAAAAAUAAACACCACCGCCAUCCCGGGUGGAUGGAACUCCUUAACCUUGGAUUGCAAUUCAUCUAAGAGAAAUUAAAACAUCUGACUUCAAAACUCAGAGAUGGAAUCCCGUAUGACAUGGACACAAUUAAAUUUCUGGAAACUUCUGAAACCCAAAAACACAAAAAAGCGAAGGGAAAAAGAGCACACAAAAACACUGCUGGUCAAUUUCUGCAUCCUGGUCUAUUUCCAGUCGUCUUGACUAAGUCUAAUAAACAAGGACGAGAGAGAGAGAGAGAGAGAGAGAGAGAGAGAGAGAGAGAGAGAGAGAGAGAGAGAGGCUAACAAACUGAGCAACUCGCCCUCAUUUUAAAAAAAAAUACAGCUCAACUCAAGACUCCCACUCAUGCAAAAGAAGAGCACUAAUAUAAAAAAAGAGAACACAAAAACACUGCUGGUCAAUUUCUGCAUCCUGGGCUAUAUCCAGACGUCUAGACAAAGAGUAAAAAAAAAGGACGAGAGAGAGAGAGAGAGAGAGAGAGAGAGAGAGAGAGAGAGAGAGAGAGAGAGAGGCUAACAAACUGAGCAACUCGCCCUCAUUUUAAAACAAAAUACAGCUCAAGUCAAGACUUCCACUCAUGCAAAAGAAGAGCACUAAUAUAAAUAACAUGCUUAACAUAACUUCUGUAAAGUUAAUAUUCAUCCCACGUCUUUUUCUAUUAAAUGUAUUUAAGUUACAUGUUUUUGCAAUUUAUAAUUUGUUGCUACCUCUAACAUAGUUUUAACUCUAAAUUUCUAAAAAUGGUAACAGACACAAUAAUGAUGUACAAUGUAGACAUCUCACCCAACGUUAAAUCUGUUUGAAAAAAAAUAAUCACUAUUAAUAAAAGGUUAAUAAUUGUAAAGAUCAGUAUAAAUUAGUUCUUUUUAUUUUUUGAUACCAUUCUCUAUAUUUAAAUUAUUUAUAUAUUUAUUUAUAUACACCGCAAUUAAUUAUGCAGAGGAUUCAUCUGCCGUGGCCACCAUAACAACCACACCACGUUAUCACAGUUCUUCACUGUUAACUGACGGAGACGACGAAUCAUGCAUCUUAAACAUUGAAUCUAUCACGGUUGUGUGGAAUACAACAUACCCGCUAUCAUGGAUAAGGGUCAUAGGCGGAGAAAUGGGUAAAUGAAAUUGUAACUAUCAGAUGCUCUUGACUUGAUAUCGCAAAAAGCACUUUGGGCAUUAUGGGUAAGCUAUGGUAAAUCAACUAUACGGUAUUAUCAAAUAUUAAUUAAAGAAAAAAACAAACAUAAUAAUUGAUUUACUUGGGGAUUCUUUUUUUUUUUUUUUCUUUCUAAUUCAGUGAACCAAUAAAAUGUUUCUUUGUUACUAAAGAUAGAUGAUUUUGAGCAGCAAUUUUUAUCACUUUGCAUUAGAUAAUACAAGCCAUGUAAACUAUAAUGAAUGAAAGAUAAAAUAUCAGUAAAGCACUGUUAAUCGUUCUCCACUUCUAGCAUUGCUAAUAUGGAAGUCGUUAAUCGCUCAGUUUUGUGUAGGCCUCCGCGAAGUCAUGUUGUGAGAACCGUUUAUAAUCAACACUGCUUUGACUUUGAUUUGCCUCUGGCAGGUAUGCGACAACAAAUGGGUAUACGUUUCAAGGGAAAUAACACCACAGCAACUUUCGAAGAAUGCUUUGAAGAGAAGACAGUUUUGUGGGGUCCUAACGUACGAGACGUGUACUGUACGAUGAACACCGCCGUGAAUCAACUCGUUUUAGCUUGGGAAGAGCGGACUUCACUGUGCUCCAUCCACAUAAGUGGAGGUGAGGGUAUUUACUGUUAGUGUUAAUGCAGUGGCAUAGCUAGGGCGGACACAAAUUUCGCCACCCAUCUUCCACGAAAAAUAUCUCUUGCAUUUCACGAAAAAUUCCGUCACUAGAUCACUAAAUAAAAACGAUAUUUACCUAGAUAUUUAAUUGUGAUAGAGGCAAUUUAACUCUGGGUGUGUUGGUUUAUGUAACAGACCAUGUUUUCACAAGUAACCAGAGAGGUAACAUGGGUGAACAGUGAACUGUGUUGACCAUAAUUUUCCACGAGGAGAGAGAGUGAAUUGUAUUUUUGAGAAGCAAAUGUGAGCUCCACGUUUUUGGAGAGUAAAAUUAUGCUUUUUUUGGUAAAGCGGUCGUUUCCACGCUUUGCUGGGUAAUAAAAGGGGCAGUUGAUUAGAUAGUGUAGCAGAGUGAGGACGUGUAUUUCUGAAAUGUGGAAUAUUAUAUAUAUAUAUAUGAAAUGAUUACAUUCAUGCAAGGAUUAUUAUUAAUAUUAUCAGUAUAAAGUGUGAUAUAAUAAAGUACUGUAAGUUUAAUCAGAAUUCGGUAUCCUUCUUUACGUGCCUGGAUAAGUGACUGGAUAAGUAAGUGGAAGAAUGGAAGAAGUCUUAGCCGGCAUCCUGAAGCAUUAAUAUAAAACAAGUGACCAUGCUACUGACAUAACGCAUUAAGAAAUAGCAUGUCACACCAUGAGUUACAAUGAUGUCAGAGCAUGUGUUACAGUUUAAGACAGUGUUCCUCAUUUAUUUAGCCUCAUGUCCCGCCUGAACACCAUAAAUGGUUUUAUGUUCCACCUGUCAUAACAUUUUCCCCACCCUUAAAAUAUAAAUACAUUUACCCCAGAUACUAAAUGAGCACCAUAAUCUACAAAUCUACCCAUUUUGGUGAACACAGGUAUAAGGGAUCCAAGUUUACCUCUGUUCACAGAAAUUCCAUGACGAUAUCAAGUUAACACUUUUUAAAACUAGAUUUAGUUUUACCCAUUCUAAAUGGCUAAAAUUAACAUUUUCAUUUCAGGCCGUAAUAUAGCAUUGAGGCAAGCGGCGAAACAAUCUUCUAAUUAUUCCAACACAUCGAAUGCAGAAAAAGCAGUUGAUGGCAUAAAAAACAAUAAAUUAAUCGGUGAAAGCUGCACACAUACAAAUGGUGAUAAAAAUCCUUUCUGGAUGUUGACAUUUUUUAAUUCUCAGAAGAUAAAUAGAAUUAUUAUUUAUAACCGAUAUGAAGAUGUAUCGAUACAUAAUCCUUCCGGUAAGUUUAAAUUGUGCAGUAGAUUACGCAGGACUUUUAAGUAUUUACUUACCUGAAUUUAUGCUAUACUCAUGACAUCACUAACACAAAUAAGUUAAAAAUUUACAGAGUCUGAGAAAUUAGUUAGCUCAUAUAAUGCAAAUUGUAAUAAUAAAUAUUUUGUUCACGAAAGUAGGUCAGCACUUUUUGUGAUGAAUUUUAUAUGGCAGGAGACCUAAUCUUCUUGAGAUUAGCUUUAUGUGCUCAUUUUCUAUUUAUUUUGUGAAAUUAAUAACGACAUUCUUCUUGUCUGAUAUAAAAGUAAUUGGAUUAUGAAAGAUUUAAUUUUUAUUUAAAUGAAAUACCGUGAGUGUAUUUAAAGACUGUAUUUUAACCAAUUUUUUUUCCGAAGAUAAGUCUUGAUGUAUCCAAUAAAAGAUUUACCAAUUUAAUUCUUGUUUCUUUUAAGGAUUCGCUGAACGCUUAUCAGGAUUCUCUUUGGAGGUCUACAAUAAUAAUUCGAUCGAAAUAAACAGAUAUACCGAUAAAAAUGUCUCUGUGGAACAGGUGUACACAGUGACAUUUCUCCAGCCAUCAGAGCCAGCUUCUAUGGUCAAGAUAACCAUUCCGACCACGUUUCUUACGUUGUGUGAAGUCGAAAUUUUCGGUGGUAUUUGCCUUCCCGCCCCCCCCCCCCCCCGCAAUACAUUUUAAAAUUUAAAUUUUAUUUCAUUGCUAGUUUAUUGAAUUUUUCAGCAUGGAAAGAAUCAUUUUUCAACUGAAUAUAAAAACCUUUCAUCAAAAAUUAAAAUAUUCCUCAAAAGACUUUUGGAAAGGGAUGAUAAACAAAGAAGGCAAUUUUAAAAUAAAAUAUGAAAGAAAGUGAUCAAGCUCAUCUGCAGCGUAUAGAAUAGCUAAGUUAGUAGCACUUAAAUAUAAGCAGCAUACGAUGGUAGAGUCUCUUAUUUUGCUAGCUUGCUGUGAAAUAGCCACAAAUUAAGUUUAGGAAAGAAGCAAAGAAGGACAUUUUCAAGAUUCCUGUGUCCGAUGGCUCGAUUCACAGAAGAAUCAAUAACAUGUCCUGCAACAUGAAAAGAACUGUCGCAAUAUUAUUAUUUUCCAUUCCAUAUUUUUGCGAAGCAGAAUUUUCAAAGAUGAUAAUUGAUGGACUGCAUUCAAGUUGUGAAAUGAAAUAAAAGGAUAUAGCAAGUAAAACUUGAAUUCAUUGACAGGACAAAAGAUUGACGUUUCGGCUAAGAGCUUUCAUUAAAAAACAAGACAAAAAAACAAUAAGUAUCAGCUCACAGUAAUAAAAAACUAAUGAGAUUUUUUUUUUUGUAACAGGAAGUAGGAUUUUUUGUCAAUCUUCUGUCCAGCAAAUGAAUUCAAGAUUAUCAUACCUUGUCCUUAUAUUUCAGAAUUUGCAACGAUAGUUAAUAUUUAAAAAGGGAACGGGAGAGCUUGGUAAAUUUAGAAGAGGAGAUGUGAGCCAAUUUAUUCCUCCCAAUAUUGCUACAAACUGCAAAAAAAUCACCAAGCUCACGCAUCGGCUUAAGUUUAAGAAUUUUUAAAGUAUUGUUAUUUUAAGUCACUUUUAAUAGAGAAAAGUUAUGCAGAACACGUACAAUACAACAUAAGCUUUAAAGCUAGAGGGGGGGGGAACCUUUUUGAAAUCAAAACCGCAAUACCUUCAUGAACUGAACAUACUGCCGUAUUAUAAGUGUUCCAUGCAAAAAUAAAAAUUAAAAAAUCAGAGUUUAGUGUUCACCGACCUUAAAAAAGUUUGUGAAGCCCUUGCCCCAGAGCGCUAUUUUAAAAUAAUGAGAUGGCGCCUACAUAUACUUGUUUGUGCUUGAAACAAUUCAUUAGUCUAGUUCAGAUACUUUUAUCUAAAUAUAAUAUUUCAAACGCUUCCUACCAAAAUGUCUAGUUCCCCAGGGUUUGCUUAGCUUUCGAAAACAGGACAAAAGUGAUUCAUCCUGGAGAUAAAACCCCCCACAUGUUUAGCCCUAUAAUAGAUAACUGGCUGAUCUAAAAAGAUAAAAAAAGGGACUAUGAACAUUCAAAAGACAGAGAAUGCAUAAAAAAAGCCCUUGUAGUAAUAACAAUAACAACAAAAAAUUUAAAUGCGUUUUUAUACAUCUUAAAUCUGAUUUCCCGUUUAUUGCGUUUCAACUCGCCUUUGAUAGAAAUUCUUUUUUUUUUUUAAAUAAUAUUUUUAUAUUUAUUUUUAUUAUGUAGCCUGAAUUUAUUUUGGUGUCCAGAUUCAUCAUGUCCAGCCGGAUGGUAUGGUCCGGAAUGUAACAAGAAAUGUCAGUGUUCAGAUCCAGGUGAGGCGUGUCUUGUGAUGACUGGCGGAUGCUCUUCUGGGUGCGCCCCUGGCUACUACGGAGAGAGCUGUGAUCAAGGUCAGUCAAUAAUUAAUUAUACAUUUUGUAAAUAUUAUUUUUUGUUGUUGAUGAUGAAUUUCUCUCAAUUACUCAAUUACUAACCAUCAAACCACACAUUUCAAUUAUACACAUUAGGCGUAACUUUAUUUGAAUUGCUCUCUAUUGCUAUUAGUAAGCUUAGUGGCCCAUAUCAUAAUAACCUCUUUCUGAUGCUGCCUAUUGCAAUAAGUAAGCUUAGUGCCACAUAUCAUGAUUAGGGCUCUCCGAGGCCAUCUGUUGCUAUAAGUAAGCUUAGUGGCCCGUGUCAUAAUGUUUUCAAAAAAAAGUAAGUAAAAAAAAAAAGUUGAAAGCUGAAAUGCAUUUUAAAUACGGUAUCUAAAUUAUCGAUCUUAUUUUAUUAUUACCUAUAACCCUUUGGUGAAAAGAUGAUAUUAUUUUUCAGUUUCGGCAUUUUAAAUAUUUGUUCUUUGCAAGGGGGGGGGGGGGCAAAAAAAUAAAACUAUUCCGACUUUUUGAGUAGUUUAUUUGGUUUGCAGUUGCAAGCCGGUGUGGCAAACCGGUGCCACAAGUCCUUGCUGCAAGAUGUGUGCAUAUGAUUCAUUUCAAGUGACAUUUUGUCACUGAAUAUAAUGUAAAUUAUGUUUUGAUGCAUUUGAUUAUAUUUGCCAAAACGAAGGAUGUCGUCUUUUUUUCAAACGACCAAAAUCAUCAAUAAAUUAGUAUAUUUUUGAUAGCAAUUGGUUGCCAGUGGCUGAGCAUCUACCAUUCCCUUGCUUAUAGUUGUUGAUAGCAAUUAGUUGCCAGUGGCUGAGCAUCUACCAUUCCCUUGCUAAUAGUUGUUGAUAGCAAUUAGUUGCCAGUGGCUGAACAUCUACCAUUCCCUUGCUAAUAGUUGUUGAUAGCAAUUGGUUGCCAGUGGCUGAGCAUCUACCAUUCCCUUGCUAAUAGUUGUUGAUAGCAAUUGGUUGCCAGUGGCUGAGCAUCUACCAUUCCCUUGCUAAUAUUCAUUUAAAAAAAUGAUAUUCGUUAAAUUAAAUUAGUCUACAGACUGCACUUUGUUUUUUAGUCUACUUACGUAUUGUCCUCAAUGCAGUCUUAGGCAACGCAUUCUCAUCUUUAUUGUCUGGCAUAUAGAAGUAUACGAAACAUUGACCUCGACAUAUGUGUUUCACAAAAACUUGCUUUUUCAUAACCCGUUAGAAACAAACUGAGAAAACACUGGCAGAUUUAAAACAAAUUACAGCUUAAACAUUCAAUAGAAACUAUUUCAUGCUACAACUGAACAUCUACUAGUUAAUUACAUACAAUUUUACUAAAAUUCUAUAUCAUAAUAAGUUAAUGUUCCUCUAUGGUAUUUUAGGUAGCAUUUUAUCUAUCUGCUAAAUUGGUUUCCACCAUUGACAUAUUAAACAGAAUGUCUUCCUGGUUAUUGGGGCGUCGACUGUCUCGAACAAUGUAGCAGCAUAUGCUAUGCGUACUCCUGUGCUAGGGAGAGUGGGAGAUGUUUGCAAGGCUGCACAAACGAGACAGACCUGCCAGAAUGCAAAGUUGGUAAGAGAAGAGAAUGAAAAAAAAGACGUUUUGGAUUAGAUAUAAAAUAUUUUAAACUCAACAAUACUUUUUAUCACCUUUUUGAUUUUGUUUCCUUGGAAAUUUAUAUUUCAUAUCAUAUGUAUAUUCGGUUAAUAGACAAUUUGCUUUUCAUUUUUUAUUAUAGCAUGUGACAUUGGCUGGUUCGGACCAAACUGCCAGUACAUGUGUCACUGCACAGACGAAAAAUGUGACGUAAAUGGUCUCUGUCUCAAUGAUUCUUUUUGUGAAUUUGGCUGGUUUGGUCCCGGGUGUCAAUAUGGCAAGUAUUAGAUGGAUGUUUCAAAAUGAUUUAUUUUGUGAAUUUGGCUGGUUUGGUCCCGGGUGUCAAUAUGGCAAGUAUUAGAUAGAUAUAUCAAAAUGAUGUAUUUUGUGAAUUUGGCUGGUUUUAUCCUGCCUGUGCGUCAUCAUCUUAAGAAAGCAUUGUAAUAUAUUAACGGCGCCUUGAUUUAUUGUCUUCAUUAACGUGUUCAAACUUUGUCAGUUGAUUUGUGUCAAGACGCCAAGCUCACCACAACGCCGCCCCACAACCUGGCCCUCACCGCUGACGCUGAUGAUGAAACAUGUGUCAUAAAUCUCAGUUCUAUCUCUUUGGAAUGGACGACACCGAUCGCCUUCACUUGGGUGAGGCUAGUCUUGCUGGAGCCUGGUUAGUACAUAUUCCAAAAUGGAAUAGCGACUUAAUAAUUUAAGCCCACUAUGAAUUAAGAGAGCGACUUAAAUUAUUUUCUCUGAUGCCAGCUGUCGAUUCAAAAUAUAAUUCCAAAUUUAUUAAAUAUGAUUGAAAAAACGCGAAACAAAGUUUGGGAAAAUAUUAAUCAAAAACGACGCAACAAUACAAAGAGCUAGCCGGCAAGAAGUAUCCGAGAGGAUAGACUAGUUACAGGAAUUUGUUGUCCUAUGGGAGGCUAGAUUGCAACUAAGUGCCAUUUUUAUUAUGUUUUAUAGUUGUUUGUUCGCUGAUAAAGGCUUCCACAAUGUUCGUUGUUUCGUUGCGUUUCUUUUGUCAAGUUCUUUUUCCAUAAUUUUCUUAAACUCAUUCCAUUUUUCUAACAUGAUUGCAGUCUCCAUUCCUCACUCUUAUUUCCAUUAAAUGUUAUUGAUCAUCUUUAUUUAAAGGGAGUAUAGUUAGAGGUGAAUAAAGCCGAUUGCAUCUAAAAUAUAUAUAUGUUUUAAAAAUAUUUCUUACUCUUAUCAAGGUUUAAUAUUUUGGCCUAAGAAUUUUAAACAAUUAACUAAUAAACGCUUUGUUUUGUUAAUAUAACAAUAUGUCAUAUAAAGACCAAAACAUUCUUACGACCAUCAUUAGGUGUGUGUGCGUGUGUAUAUUUGACAGAUUAUCGCGAUCUCGUGACUCUGAGCUUUAAAGAAGCGAAUGCGGACGGCACCUUCUGGAACUGUACGAAUCUUGAAAAGAAUGUCAUUGACAAGAGAACAACAGAUUUUUACUGUGACGUUAAUGUUGUUAUUAGCCAAAUUGUCAUCAGUUUAAAAGAGAGAAAAUCUGUCUGUUCAUUGUAUGUUAGUGGAGGUAAACAUUACAAUAUCUUAAUUUGCAGUGCUGUAUUUAAAGAGUUUUCACAAAAUUUAAGUUUGGUGGACCCAUGCACAAAUUGAGAAAUUAGCACCAGGGGAUGGUGCCCGAUUAGAUUUAUUUAAUUUGUUUUAUAUAAUAUUUAUUUUUUUGGCAGACCGGCAACUUAAAGCUCACUGAACGGCACCAGUCCACAGACCACAAUUUGGGGAACGCUGCAUUAAAAUACUAAAAUACCUUUAAAACAAUAAAUAGUUUCGUUUUUCUCGUUCCCGUUCUUAAAUUUUCAGAUACUGUAAAUGAUUAAAUUGUUAUUGUUUUUAAUUACGAUAAGUCAACAGUGAUGAGUUUCUGUAUUUGGGCAUGUUAGAGGUCAAAAGUGAUCAAUUUACUUAUUACGGUAUGUCAAAAGUGACUCACUUCUUUUAAACGUCUUGUCAAAUGUGAUGUAUUUAUUUAUUUAAUACAGUUGCUUAUUAUUGAAGAUUGACCCUAAAUCCUCGCUUCUAUGGAUUAUCUAGUUACGCAUGGGUCCACAGUAAAACUUUUUCUAAUAUAAUUCUGCGUCACCCAGCGUAUUUCUGUCACCCCCAGGUAGGAAUAUUGCACUAAGGCAGUAUACACACCAGUCUUCGACGUCCUCUAAGCUUGGUUUCAAUCUGACAAAGUCCUCAAACGCUGUUGAUGGCUCAACAGUUAGUUCGUUAGAUUUUGGAAGCUGUUCUCACACUGAGACUGGGGAACCCAACCCGUCUUGGACCGUGACAUUCCUCACGCCACAGAUUAUAAAUAGAUACGUUAUUUACAAUAAUUUUGAAAGUAUUGGUGAGUAUUAAUUAUGCUCCUAAUGUUUUACAGCGUAUGGUAUUGUUAUUGAAUUUUUUCUAAAAUUACAGCCCUUCAACUUUGUAUCAGCUACUGUUAAUUAAAAGUCUAAAAGUUAUAGUUAAUAAUUAUAACUAAUGUUCGUUCAAGAUGUGGGAUAACGUAAUUGUUUGUAAAAAUAAUAAAAAUGGAAAUUGUAUGGUUUAUACUGAACUUUUGAUGAGAGAUAUAAAUAUGUAGAAACUAUGCUUACUUAUUAUUGCUAGGACUAUAAUUAAGUUUAGAUUUUUUAAUUUUAGAUCUACUUUUCAGCAUAGUUUAGUUUUUCCAUAUUUCGUUUCGACAGAAAUACCGAUCUAUUUUUUGGUUCUAUAUUGCAACUUUUUUCAAAGUAUUUAAAGAAAGUGGCAGUGCAAAUUUACUUUUAUUAAUGGAAAUAUCUAUAAUGACAAAUUUUCAAUAGUGUAGGAAAGUAUUUAUUAAUUUAAAAUGAUUGGGUCGGAGGUUUUGCUCUAAUUGAGCAUAGCUCGUAUUGACCGGCCGCCAUUUUGACAUUGACGUCAUUGAAAAAAGUAGAUAAAAGUUAAAUCUGUAAAAAAAUUUCAUAAUAUGGAAUCAAUUCAAAAAGAAGCCAUGCAAGCUAGACAUGAAUUUUAAUCUAAUGCCUUAAUUAUAAUCAAUUAAAAUGUAUAUUUAUUUCCCCAGAUACAAAGUGCUGUCCAGGUGGCCUUCAAGACUUCAGACUUACUAGCGUCAACAUCGAUCUUAUGAAUGUAUUCAGUUAUACCGACGCUACACUAAAGGACCCACUGUUCAUCUACAAUAUACCAACCCCGGGUAUCAAAGAAUCGAUUACAUCUGUCACGAUUGCGUCCACCAUCACGAGCGUGUUUGACGUCUUUGCGCACUAUUUAUCAUUUUGUGAGGUGGAAAUCUAUGGUGGUUAGUUUUAUUUCUAUGAAUAAAUGUCUGCGCCAUUAACCUUCAUCAAUCUAAACUACUUCGAGCCUUUGAGGAUGAAGUUUGAUUUUUUUUCAAAUAGACUUAAUAAUAAUAAUAAUAAUUCCUUGUACACAAUUAUGAUGUCUUCAAAGAUGGCUUUUUGGACAUAAAUUUGGACUACUAUCACGAUAUUUUCUGUUGAGCCUCUAUUCUUCUUGCAAAAUUUAAAAAAAAAAUUGUUUGGAAUUAGAAUUUUUAAGAAACUAAACAAAAGAAAGCAAACACUCAUUAGCAUCUAAGAAUUCAUCAACAUUAGUCCACCAUUCUUACCUUUUCAUGAGAUGUGCUUGACUGUUAUGUUAUUUGUGCCUCUUUUAAGUCCCAUUUUGCAAAACAUUCACUAUAAUCUAGAACGUUGAAAUCGUCCACACAUAUUUAACACGUGAUUAACUUGUGCUCCAACUUUUCAACUUCGAUUUGUCGUCGAUUUACACUUUCGGAAAUAUAUUUUAUUUUAAUUUAGCAAGCAAGAAAAAAACGAAAUAAUCAAAUCUAUCAAUAAAUGCAGUAAAUUCUUUUUCUAUUUAUAACUAUUUGAGAAUGAUGCUCGGUAUUAGAUCAUCUUCAAAAAACUUGAUUUAGAUGCGGAUCAUUUCGCGGAUUUGACGCCUGAAUAACUGUAUUGACGAUAUUAUACAAAAAAUAAAAUAGGGAUCUUGUCUUACAUUUCCUCCACAAUUCCUGUUGUCUAACCAGACUCUGCUUGUCCUAACGGAACGUACGGACGUGAAUGCAGGAGUAAGUGCAACUGUGCGGUACCCGGGGAGUCUUGCUUUGUGAGCACAGGCGGAUGCCCGUCGGGUUGCGCCCCUGGUUUCUAUGGAGAAGGGUGUGCAACUGGUAAGUCAGUAGGUAAUUAGAUGGACAAACGAAGAUAGUGGUGAAUUGAUGCCAGUUUUUGGAAGAUUCGAUAGCAGAUUAAUAGUUCUGUUCAGUGUAAUUCUCUUUCGUUAAAGAAAUGUUACUAUUUUUUUUAAAUAAAGAUGAGGACUUCGGUCAAAUCCUAUUUAUACAUCAAGUGAAACAGAUUCUCUUUUCUUGCAAGGAAAGCUUUUGUUAUCUUCAGAAAUAUACCAUCCUAUAAAAUUAUUAUACUUUAAUGGAGUUUUUAAAAAAAAUCAGCGUAGCAAAAAUAGUUUAAAACAAGAACGUUUUUUAACACGAAUUCAAUUGGCUAUAACCUACUUCUUGAUUUCCGGCAACAAUAAUGAAGAUAUCUGAAGAUUUCACCGUGUUCUGUGUCUUGUCGUAUUUGUCCUGUUCGCUGAAGAAGGCUCUAAGCCGGAACGUCCACAUCUCAUUGUCCUGUCUUUUGAUGCAACCCUCAACAUACCUUGCUCUACUAUUUCAUUCUCUGUUUCCAGAGUGUUCAGCGGGCUCUUGGGGUAUCGACUGUCGUCACGAAUGCAGCAGUGUUUGCAAUAACGCCUGUAACAGAUUUACAGGGGAUUGCGUGAUUAUAGUUCAAUAA